AUGAGUGGAUAUACUGUUUUAAUUGUCAUGGCGGUGACAAUCAUCACGGGUGCUGUUUUUUGGAAAUAUGCGCCAAAGCAGGAUCAGACUGUAUGGAGAAGUACGGUUUCACUAUCAUUGGCAAUGAUGUUCCUCAUGUGGGCAUUUACGUACCUUGCGCAGUUGCAUCCGUUAGUGGCACCAAAGAGGAGUGAUCUUAGACCAGAGUAUGCUGAAGACUGA